AUUAUAAAUAGUGACAUGGAUAAGUAAUCAUAACCUCAAAUUAACGUGCCGAGUUUUGAAAUGGAAGGAAAAAUCUAUCACUAUUUAUUAGACCAGGGAUGCUGCAAAUACUGUGGGUUACGAUAUUUACAGGACCGCAAUAUAGACUUCAAAAACGUUAACCAAUACAUAGAAAAGAAAAACCUGUCUACCAUCGACACAGAGGAGCCCGUAGUCAAACAACCCAAAUCGAAUCCAUGCUGUUUAUGCUUGGGCCUAUUGCAAAAUUGCGUCAUAGAUGAUACUGUUGACAGAAUCGUCGUAUCAGAAGUGCAAAAGUAUGAUACGAAGGUAUUUACUUGUUCUAUUAGCAUUCCACCGGCUGCAAUAGUUAGAGAACAUGCAAUGCGCUUGGACUUACGACAGAAGUUUGCCGAAUUCUAUUUAGAUGACAUAGAAGAAAUACCAUUAAAUAAAGCGUGGAAAUUAAUAAUAAAAGAUAAAAUAAGUGAAAAGCUCGGUAUCGCUUUUGAAAAUUCUGAUAUUUGUAAUUUUUCGAUUAAUGUUGUAAUGGACUAUGCCGAUAAUGAUCAAGAGAUACGCAUAGUGAAACAAUUAAGCGAGAAAAUUAAGAAUGGCGAUCUCUCCAGUCGAAAAGCAAUUUUGAGCAUUCUAUCAAAUUGCAUGUCUGAGAAGUUUCAUGACAUUGUAAAGGAUCCCCUUGUAAUCCCUUCAGUAUAUUUGACGUGUAGACGGAUCGAUUGCAAACACAAUUCCAUUUACAUAGCAGGCCGUUAUUGUAAGUUUUCGAGAGAGUUAAGUCAAAGUCCCUGGAUCGUGGACGGUAUUAAAGCGAUGGAUACGUCAGUUGAAGAACUAAUUUUUGAACAAAUUAAUAAGGUUUUUAGUAUUCCUUUGACAAACUUGAAGUUUUCUUCGAGCGGUCGAGAGGAUUGUGACGUUCGAUGUUUAGGAAAAGGAAGACCAUUCUAUAUUGAGAUAUUGGAUCCGAAAAAAACCCUUUUUACAGACGACGAAUUUCGAAAACUUGAAUCCGAUAUAAAUAAAUCUCGUCUUAUAGAAGUCCGUGAUCUGCAAAGUGUACAAAGAUCGGAACUCGGUAAGAUUAAAGAGGGCGAGCAGCUGAAAACGAAAGAGUAUAUAGCUCUAUGCUUAACGAAAGACACCAUUACGCAGGAACAGAUUGACAAAAUAAACAAUUACGGCAAGAUUACGUUAGAGCAGAAAACGCCCGUGCGGGUGCUACACAGGCGACCUCUAGCAGUCAGGAAGAAAAACGUUUUACGUAUGGAAGCUCGUUUGGUACCCGAUAAGACGAAGCUUUUUGAGUUGUUGCUGGAAACAGAAGCGGGAACUUAUGUAAAAGAAUUUGUACAUGGAGAUUUCGGUCGUACAAAACCGAGCAUUGGUGACAUUAUUGGUGAUGCCGUCGACAUUAUUGCAUUAGAUGUUAUUGCCAUUCAUUUAGACUGGCCCAAAGAAAUAAAGGCAUCAAAUGAAAUGUACAUUGAACACGCAUCGAAUGAGUAAAAAGAAAACCCUGUAAAUUUUAUGUUACAUAAGUCAAAAUAUUAAUUUGGUUUAUACUGCAUAGUUGUAGCUGUUUUACACUGAGAAAAUAAAUGAAGUACUGGUAGA